UUUCGAGUUUAUUAUGCCCAAAUUGAACGAUUUUAUUUGGAUUUUGAACGAAUCAAAAUGGAUGCUGGGUGUGAAUGAACUAUGUGCUGAAAAACGAACAGCUUUUUAUCAAGUACUGUCGAAACCCUGAUAAUAAUCAGGAUUCCGGCAUUGUGAUUUUGUAGAGCAGCUAAUUAGGGAGUGAUAUAAUAUUGUGUGUGCUGCUGUUAUAAAGAUUGUAGCAAAAGUUUUUGAAUUCUGUAGUCACCGUGUCGGUAAUGUGUUUACGAGAGUGUCGGCCGAGUUUCCCGCAGGUGGCCCUAAUAGGAUGAGGACUCGUACGGAAACGUUGAAAGUUGAUGUUAAUCAACGAGUGUUAUGUAUUGCGCUGCCAUUAGUUCUCGGUACGACAUGGCGAGAAUUUUAGGACUAAGCAAUAGCUCAAGUUUUGAAUGAGCGAGUAGAAAUGAAAUGCAUAUACAGGAAGGAACGAACACAACUCUGACAACAUGUACCAAAAUGACAGAAGAAUUAGACAGAAGACAUGGUGUAAAUGGUAGCAAAGGUCUUAAUGACGAUCCUCCCGCACAGAAUGCAACGCCCGCGGCUACGGGUGGCAGGCUUAAGUUUUUCAAAGAUGGGAAAUUCAUUCUGGAGCUGGUCCGCGGUGGGGAGCGGUCGGGCUGGGUGUCGGUGCCACGAAAGACGUUCUGGCCUCCGGCCGGAGCGCCCGGGACGCCGCCGCCGCCUCACGCUGCCGCGCCUUGCGCCACGCUUUCGCUGUCCGACGACAACUCGUCGUUGCAUUCGUCGCCCUGCGCCUCUCACCGAGAUCACGCCUUCAAGCAGCCUGCCCCGCGCCGCAAUCUCUCCAAAGAGUUAGCCAUGUACUACUGCCGGCCCUCCACCCUAACCGCCGCUCUCGUGCGCGCCGCCUCGCGCCUUAAGCGCCGUCGCCCUCACGAUCCCGUCCACCACGACGCCUCGUUCGAAGAGGCCAAACGGAACGGCGACGUCGCCGACGAUAAGGCCUGCAGAGGGGAGGACGUAGUCGACGCCCCGAUUGAAACGAAAACGAAACACGACAAUGAUCGGUGGACGGAUUUAGAUCGAGAAAAAUAUUAUCAUAUGAAACUCAAGAAACCGUAUCAGUAUCAUAAGUUAAGGGUUUACAAAAAGAGGAAACCGAUCGCUAAAAGAAAGGAGCUAUCGCAAAUCGUAGACAAGCUCCGGGAGAAAGUCGCGGCGUUUCCGGUCCUCGUGAAUGCGAAAUUGGCCAACUGCCGCCAAGAGCAUGUGAUUGUGUCGCCUCGGAAGCGAAUUCUCAGGGAGAUGGAAAGAGUCAGUCUCGAGGACCAGGCGACGAAGAGGCGGGCCAAGACCGUGCCGACGCUGAGUACGGCGUCGUACCCGCCGUCGCCGGGGCCCAGUCACACGCCGCACCGCGCCCAUGAGCCAACUCGCGCGCAGAACGGCACACUGCCAAAGAAGGAGACGGUGUCCAAGAACGUGAGCAGUUACAGCAUACACUCCUUGCUGAGCAUGCCGGAAGAGACUGGCACGAGGCGGUCGCCGGAGGCGAAGAGGUCUCCCCACUCGUAUCCGCCGUCCUUGAAGACGGAGUCUCCGUCGAGCGUGACGUCCCCGGACCUGAGUCCCAGUCCCGACGGGUAUCGGUACCGGUAUGGGCUUUCGUUGGACUCGCCCGGGCGUGGGGCUGCUCGGGAUUCACCGACGCCGCCGACGGGGGCAGGAGUGGCCUAUCGCGGGUACGCGGCACCCGGCUAUGCUAGGGCCCCGCCGACGUACCGCGGUUCGCCGGGCCGAGAGGACUGGCCUCCCUACGUGUACGGUUACGCUUACCCGCCCCUUUACCGGGCCCCCGCUGCCCCCGCGCCGCUGUGGAUGCACUAUGCGAUGUCGCCCGGCGUCCCUCCCGGCGCCUGGCCACCGCUCGCCCAUCCCUUGCUCACGGAUCACAUACCUAAAGACGAACCCACUUCAGAUUUGCCAUUGAACCUGUCGAAGCACUGAGUAUCUCGUCGCUGACAAUGAAACAGUUAAAUCAAUGUGCUCGAUUGUGUCACGGCUCUAUUACGUCGUUAAUUCAUUCCGCGGCGAGACAAUGACUUUCCCACGAAUUUCCUUAAAACAUUCCAAUCAUUGUCUCCAUUGAAUUGGCUUCUGUUUAAGUCCAAAAAUCACAUCCCACCUAUCUAUUCGUUGGUCCGCAACCUAUGGAUCGCUUAUUAAAUAUGAAACUGAAUAAAAUAUUUUUGUAUAGAUUCCGAUUUUCGGGUUGUAUAUACCCACCCGGAAAUGUAUUUACAAAAUGUAUAUUAUACCGGAAAUUAACUAUUUUAUUAGUGUUUGUAUGCAGAUGCGUGUAUUUUCAUACGAAUUAUUUGUACGAUUUGAUAUAUUUUCAUAUUGGCUCUAUAGCUGAGGCGAUACAAAUUCUACCUUGUCGAUUGUUAACGAACAGUGCCUUGACAAAUUGAUAUAAACCUAUUUAUAAAUGGUAAUACAAAUUUAAUAUUGAAAAUGCAAUUUUUUUUUUGUAUCACACGAAAUUAUAUUUUUCGGUCAUUUCGCAGAUUAAAUUCCAUAUUGAAUAACUCACGAUCUCAUUAUUUAAUUUAGAAAAUAAAACGAGACAAAGACUACAGUUUUGGGAUCAAAUUUGGAUGUGUGUUUAUGUAACAUAUAAAUUAAAAGACAUGUACAUAUAGCUUGUGAAUGGUGUAUUGAGCGGGAGUAUAUAGGAGGUUAUAUAGGAAUCGACCGCUUACGUAAAGGUUAGAGUUAUACCCAGGAAUAAUAAUUUUUCUAAUUGUACAGUAUUUUUGUAUCGUGUAUUUUAAGAAUCGACCGCGAUAAAGCCUUGAGAUUAAAUCCUAGAGAUAGUUUUCUGCAAUUUAUUAUUGGGUUAUUGUAUUAUAAGGACAGUUGAAGGAUUAAAGGACUGACUUUGAUGUAAUAUUAUUGGAAUUGUAUAAAAUAGUUGUGUAUGGCCUACUACGCUCUUAAACAUGUCCACCAACAAAGUUGUAGAGUAAUUAGGUGUAAAAUCCUGCUCAAUCUAACUCAGUACAUUUAGGUAUUUAUCAGCUGUUCGGAGUGAACUGUGUUUUUAUUUCUAUCUCUCUGCAUUCGAAUGCAGAGUUUUGCUCAAAAGAUGCAGUCUGUUAUAGAUAGUUAUGCUAACAGCAAUCGUUAUGCAAAUGAUGAUUCUUGUCGUAAAUGUUAAUGAUUUUUUUAAUUAGAAUCUCGAUUGAUUUAUUGCGAUUACCAAUAGAUUAUAUCUAUCAGUUUGAGCCAACAUAACUGUAUCUCUCAAGUAAUUACCAGUGCGUACAUAUUUGAUUAAUGUAUUUACGCAGUACAAAUAUACUGUUAAGAGAUACGUUUAUCGAUAGCCGAAGCUAACAUUUUUGACAAGAACUUAACAGUUGUGAGUCAAUUUAUUAUUUAUUAAUAAUUAUAAUUAAACAACGUUUCAUGCUACGUAUAGCAUGUAAAAUAUGAUUUGCAGUUGUUUAAAAUAGAUUCCGUUGGUCGCGGAGCAAUGCUAUGGGUCAUUUUAGUACUCAAAAUGAUUCAUAGCUAUAUGAAAAAUAUUUAUUUAUAAAGAUUUUAUGGAAUCAUUUAUAUCAGACUCUAUCUUAUUUAACUAAACAAUUGUUAAGUACAAUGUUUAUUAAACUCAUCAAAGUUGUUAAUAGUGCCAUCAACAUACAGACUAUAUAUACGUAUAAGUUAUAUAGAAACACAGUUUUCUCUCGCAGCAUAUGUGAAAUUUAUUUUUCUACUCUGUAACUCAUGACCUAUGUGAUAUCGCAAAAUGUGACGAAGCAGGUGUCUUAAAUCCACUUAAAACAUAUUUAUCACGCGGAAUAGUUAUCCCCUAUUAUAAGAUGUAGUUAUGUACUCGAAUAAAUAUAACUUUUUAAAA